AUGGUGCAGAUCAACAGCGGUGAGGGACGAGGAGCUGGAGGACAGGACGCCGCCGCUAUCUCCUCUCGCUCCUCCUGCUGCGACGCCGGAAGCUCCUUCUCAUCUGGACGGCUCCGCUGCGUCCCGGCCGCGCGCGGCGGGUGGCGUGAGCGCCUGCCUCACCACCUCCCGGUUCCCCUUCCUCAUGGGCACGCGCGCACCCGCGGCCCUGCUGCUCCUCGGCCGCCAUGGCGCCGCGGGCGUCGCAUGUUGCUGCGCGCCAGCGCCCCCGCUCGCCCCACCGGCGACGAGCCGGCUGCAGCUGCAGGAGCAGGACCCCCGGCCUUGGACGAGGAAGAAGCGGGGGCCAUGGAGGCGUCUUCCAGGGACGCCCUUCGCCCAGCUCGUCGUCGCCAUAGCCGACCCGGGUCGGUUGCGAGGAGAAGGACGACCAGCUUGGCUGCAGCGGCGGCGGCCUUGGCAUCGGCGACGAAGGCGAAGGGCGACCCAGGCACGCGGCGCUGGGAACACGGAGGAGGGCAAGCGGCGCUGGGAGGAGGGGACGAGCAGGGGAGCGGAUUAGAGCAGGACGCCGGGGAGGGGGACGGAGCGCCGCGUCCGCCGCGCGGAGUAGGACGCCGGGGAGGGGACGGGGCGCCGCGCCGCGCCGGCCCUACUACCUUCGAGCAGGAGGGGGAGGAGAGCGCGGUGGAGAAGAGCGGAAGACUAGCUAAGGGGACCCAACAGGUCAAACUAUCAAAGGAGGCCGAAGGGAAGAAAAAAUGCAGUAGACAUACGUACGAGCAUACGACCACAUCUACCUACUACCUGUACCUGAUCGUCCAGUCUAUACGGUGUGCGGACCGCACGGGUUGCCCCUGGGGGCUGGACAGCGUACCCAUGGCGUCACGGCAGUGUGAGCAUGACGACGAGCGAAACCGGUCGGCGCCCGGUGGCGACGGGCCUGGCGUGUCUUCGGACUUCGACGAGUCUUUGCAGAGGACUCGACGGCAGCAGUCACGGGACUCCGUCGAGAGGUGCCGACUUGCCGAGGAGCUGCCCGACCGACGAAGUUCUGUCUUUGACUCCAUCGAGGUGCAGCUAGAGUACGAUGUGGUGCUGCCGGACUCCGUCGAUGUACUGCCGGACUCCGACCAGCUGGACGAGGUGGUGCUCAAGGAGUGA